UGUUUCUUGUGUAAAUGCGGUUUGUCAUAACAAAAACGUUCCUCCGGAAGGAUUAGGAGGUUACACCGUUAAUGGAUUAGAGCUGCGGUGUCUGGGUCGCUCUUUUGUUUACAUCAGUUUUCCGUUUAUUCUCAAACGCUCAGAAUCCAAUGGCCCUCCAGAACAAAACAUGUGAAUAUGUGAUAGUAUUCAUGUGACUUGUGGAAGCAGAAGUAUUAUCAGUCACUACAUUAGGGCAAGUUUGGAGUGAAAACAUGUUCACUGCUACCCAGACCUCCAAGUCCCAGUUCCUGGAUAAAGCCAGGGUAGCACGAGAGGAAAGGAAAGGUCAUAAGGAGAAAGAGAGAGCUGCCACACAAAUCCAGGCUCUAGUCAGAAAAUUCCUCUGCCGUUGCAGGCUGCAAAGAGAAAUCAGGAAAGAGGUUGAUGACUUCAUUGCAGUCAGCGAUGCAGGUUCAACAAAAAGAAAUGCAUUGUCGAUCUUCAAAAUCGCUAGAAAAUUGUUAUUUAUAUUGAGCAAAGAUGAUAAAUUGAGGUUUGAGAAGCUAUGUAGAAUCAUACUAAGUAGCAUGGAUGUUGAGAAUGAACCUAAAGUGUGGUAUGUGUCCCUGGCUCUUUCAAAAGAUCUCACUAUCCCGUGGCUAAAACAGAUCAAAGAUGUGCUCUGGGUCUCUUGUGAAUUUCUGAAAAAACUGAAGCCUGACAUACUGCAAGAUAAUAAAUUGGUGACGCUGUACCUGACAAUGCUGAUAACCUUCACUGAUACAUCGACAUGGAAAAUCAUCCGAGGGAAGGGAGAGGCCCUUAAGCCUGCUUUAAACAGAAUUUGUGAGAACAUCAUGGGACAUCUCAAUCAGAAGGGCUUCUACUCUGUUCUUCAGAUUCUGCUUACAAAUGGAUUGGCAAGAUCCCGACCUUCCCUUUCCAAAGGAACCCUCACAGCCAUUUUUACACUGUCACUCAGGCCUGUUAUUGCUGCACAUUUCUCAGACAACCUGCUGAGGUCUUUCCUUCUCCACAUCAUGUCUGUUCCAGCAUUCAUCUCGCACCUCAACACGCUCACUCCAGAUUGUAUGGUCACCAUGCAGACCCAUGACCUUUUCCGCAAGUUUGUCUUGUUUUUAAGUCGAGAGGAGCAGUGUUUGGAUAUCUGUGUUUGUCUGGAGGGAAGCCACACUCUGUGCUUACUGGGUAACCUAAUUCAGCUGGGAUAUUUCAAUGUAAAAGUUCUAGAGCAGGAAGCAGGUCACUUUGUCAAGGAUCUGACAGAUAUGUUGUCAUACUGUCAAAGAUAUGUAUCUCAAAAGAAAUCCAAUCUCACACAUUGGCACCCAGUGUUGGGCUGGUUCUCCCAGACUGUUGACUAUGGACUUAAUGAGUCUAUGCCGUUGGUGACAAAGCAGUUACAGUGUCUGUGGGGAGUUCCAGUGAUCUGCACGCUCUUCUGUGAUGUUCUCAGCAAAAAGCUAGAAACUCAAGAUGCCACUUCGCUUCCCCCUCCUCCGCCAAGCUCAUUACAGAAUAAUCUGCCCGUCAAAAAUCUGUUUAAGCGAGCGUUCCAGAAGUCUGCUUCUGUGCGGAACAUCCUGAAACCGGUCGGAGGGAAACGUGUGGACUCGGCUGAGGUCCAGAAGGUGUGCAGUAUUUGUGUGCUGUAUCAGACAGCCCUCACCACACUCACGCAGAUCCGCCUGCAGAUUCUCACAGGACUGACUUAUCUGGAUGAGCUGCUGCCGAAGCUGUGGGCAUUUAUCUGUGAGCUUGGCCCUCAGGGGGGACUCAGACUCUUCCUGGAGUGUCUCAAUAAUGACACAGAAGAGUCCAAACAGCUUCUGGCCAUGCUGAUGCUCUUCUGUGACUGCUCCAGACAUCUCAUCACGAUUCUGGAUGACAUAGAGGUGUAUGAGGAACAGAUUUCUUUUAAAAUGGAAGAGCUUGUUACCAUCUCCUCGUUCCUCAACACAUUUGUUUACAAGAUGAUCUGGGAUGGUAUUUUAGAGAAUGCAAAAGGAGAGAAGCUGGACUUAUUCCACAGCGUUCACGGCUGGCUGAUGGUUCUAUAUGAGCGGGACUGUCGCAGGAGAUUCACGCCUGAAGAUCACUGGCUUCGCAAGGACCUGAAGCCCAGCCUGUUGUUUCAAGAGCUGGAGAAAGGCAAAAAAAGAGCACAGCUGCUACUUCAGUACAUUCCUCAUGUCAUCCCACACAAAAAUAGGGUGCUGCUGUUCCGAAACAUUGUGACAAAAGAGAAGGAGACUCUAGGAUUGGUGGAAACAAGCUCCGCCUCUCCCCAUGUGACUCAUAUAACUAUUCGCCGCUCACGCAUGUUGGAGGACGGUUAUGAUCAACUGCGGCGUCUACCUGUCAACUCCAUUAAGGGAGUGAUCCGAGUGAAGUUUGUGAAUGAUUUAGGUGUGGAUGAGGCUGGAAUUGACCAGGAUGGUGUGUUUAAAGAGUUCUUAGAAGAGAUAAUCAAGAAGGUUUUCAACCCAGCGCUCAAUCUAUUCAAGACCACCAGUGGGAAUGAGAGAUUAUAUCCCUCCCCAACCUCCAGCAUCCAUGAGAACCACCUUCAGCUGUUUGAAUUUGUUGGAAAGAUGCUUGGAAAGGCAAUGUACGAAGGCAUAGUGGUUGACGUGCCAUUUGCCUCUUUUUUCCUGAGUCAGGUUCUAGGUCACCAUCACAGCACCUUCUACAGCUCCAUAGAUGAGCUGCCCUCUCUUGACUCAGAGUUCUACAAAAAUCUCACCUCCAUUAAGCGUUAUGAUGGCGACGUCAGUGAUCUGGGUCUGACUUUAUCCUACGAUGAAGAGGUGAUGGGGCAGUUAGUCUGUCAUGAGCUAAUUCCUGGUGGAAAGACCAUGCCUGUCACUAAUGAAAACAAGAUCAGCUACAUCCACCUGAUGGCCCACUUCCGCAUGCACACCCAGAUCAAGGAGCAGACGGCCGCAUUCAUCAGAGGCUUCCGCAGCAUCAUCAACCCAGAGUGGCUGCAUAUGUUUUCCACCCCUGAGGUUCAGAGGCUCAUCUCUGGAGACAACGCUGAGAUAGAUCUAGAUGAUCUCAAGAAGCACACUGUGUACUAUGGAGGUUUCCAUAGCAGCCACAGAGUCAUUCUUUGGCUGUGGGACAUUCUCUCCAGCGACUUUUCCCCUGAUGAGAGAGCCAUGUUCUUGAAGUUUGUCACCAGCUGCUCAAGACCUCCUCUGCUUGGUUUUGCCUACCUCAAACCCCCUUUCUCCAUCCGUUGUGUGGAAGUGUCAGAUGAUCAGGACACAGGCGACACUUUAGGCAGCGUUCUGCGUGGCUUCUUCACGAUUCGUAAGAAGGAGCCAGGUGGUCGCCUCCCUACUUCCUCCACUUGUUUCAACCUGCUCAAGCUGCCCAACUACAGCAAGAAAAGCAUCCUUAGAGACAAACUCCGCUACGCAAUCAGCAUGAACACUGGCUUUGAGCUUUCAUAACCCACAAAGCACAUUUCUGCAUUGGAUUAUGCUACCCAUACAAACUCAUACAUCUACAGACACGAACAUCAACAAAACUGGUAGUGGCUGAGCAAAAGUGGCCACACAAAGGUUGAAGUAGGAGACAAAAUGAUUACAAUCUUGCUUCAUGACAUUUUGGCCUUCAAUUAAGGACCUUUUUUCAUCAAUUUGUUCUCUGUCUGUCCACCAAAUGGCAAGUGAAUGAUGAAACUUACUUUUUAAAGUGGCGGAACUGAGCGAAACAUGGCUUUUAGAGACUCUCUGAGGAGCUCAAGCAUAGAAGUAUAUUAAAAAGUCUUGACAUUACCUAGAGAGUUGUUUUAAGGAUCCAUGUUCUUCAUUGUUAGCAUUUGAAGCCAAAAGAGCUCCCAACGCCUUAUACAAUCAGUUUUAAACCAGCUAAAUUUAAUGUUGUCAAGUCAGGAUCUUUCGGGACCCCUACUGCAUCGACACCCGUCAAUCGGAGGCUGAGAAACUCAACUCCAUUUGUGCAUCCAGAAUAACUCCAAAACUAAAUUGGGCUUGGACUUUAUUCAAUGUCCAUUCGACAAACUCUCCUAAACCUCCUCACAAAAUUACAAGCAUAUAUAGUGGCGGAUGUACAGAUGUAAGAUCUGCAGAAACAGUUCAGCGUUAUCUCUCAGGUCUCCGUGUCUCACCCCCCAGGAAGGGAGUAGGAAAGCAAUACUAAUGCAAUGCAAGCCAUGCAACUCAAGACACAAAGGAGGCUUUUGCCUGUUUGUAUGGCAAAUGCUUUCAAACCCAUAGCGCACUAAACAACUGCUGGACUUGAGGACCGAACUUUAAGAGAAAGCCCAGCACUGUUGAUCAAUUUUAGCAUGGUAGAGCCAGCAGUAUUUUAGAUGAGAGAUGUCCCUGCAGAAAUACAUGUCUCUGUUCCUGCUUUCUCUUCACAUACACUACAGAGCCCUUUUCCAGAAUGCAUCAUUGGCCUAAUGUCAUGGUGACAUUUCUUUUUGCUUAUGAUUCAGCUCAUGCUCUAACGCUGUCUUCAUGUCAAACUCAUCUAUUCAUUAAGAUCAAUUCCUUGUCUUGGACUUCUUUUUUUUUUUUAUUGAUGAAGGAAGGACGGAUUAACCACUAAAAGGUAUUUUACUUCAUCACAUGACAAGCUCUCCCUAUCAUCUCCCACUAACUCUUUGCUCAUCAUUGUGGCGUAUACUACUGGAAUUAAGCCAUACAGUAAAGACAACUAGCUAUCAAACCAGCUCUCAUAGGAACUUUUUUCUUAAAGGGAGAGUGUUGCAGUGACUUCCCUGAAAGGUCAAUGGGCUCGAUGGAAUCUCAUGAAAUGUUAUUCCAAGUGGACAAAAAAAAAAUCUCCCUUUGCAUGAUGUCACUGGAUGAUUCAAAUGAUUCCAUGUCCGUGUCACAGAGGUCAGAGUCUGCUGUUGAUUUGUUGUGUUGUUUGUUUUUUUUCUUUUGUUAUAAAGAAGGUAGGGUUAAUCUGUUAAGCAAUUUCUGGGUUGUUUUUUCCCUAAAAUUUAACGGAACAGUUGAGGUCAAAAGUUUACAUACACCUUCAAAAUCUGCAUAAUGUUAACUAUUUUACCACAAUAAGAGGAAUCAUAAAAAAUGCAUGUUAUUUUUUUUUUAAGUACUGACCUGAAUAAGAUAUUUCAUAUAAAAGACGUUUACAUCCACAAGAGAAAAUAGUUGAAUUUAUAAAAAUGACCCCGUUCAAAAGUUUACAUAUGCUCACUGAUGCUCCAGGAGAAAAAAAAAAAAAAAAAAAAAAAAAAAGUAUGCAUUAAGAGCUGGGGGUGAAAACUUUUGAACAGAAUGAAGUUGUACAUUUUUCUUAUUUUGCCUAAAUAUAUAUUUGCCUAUAUUUUUUUUUCAUUUAGUACUGCCCUUCAGAAGCUACAGAAGAUACUUACAUGUUUCUCAAAAGACAAAAUAAGUUAAAUUUAACCUGAUCUUCAAAUUCAUGAAGUUUUCACCCCCCG